AAUGACAUUAGGCAGCGCGGCGGAUCAGCCGAUGGUCUGUCCAAUCACCUGACCGCUGUUUGAAUAUUGAUGUUCUGCCUGCCGCCACAUUGCUACGCCUUUCCCAUGCUGCUGCUGUUGUUGUUUUCUGAUAUUGUCUGAGUGGGACCGUCGUAAAAUCGAGAAAGAAAAAUGUCCUCGCUGCUCAAGCCGUUUUCGGUGUGUGAGGGGCCUUGCGAGAGCUGCGGUGUGAGGAGAGGAUGCCAGAGCUCGGCUCCGGAUCGGCAGCCUCCAUCCCAGCGUCCGGCGGCGGGGCUGGGCUCUGUGCCGGCACACCAGCGGUCGUACGCGGCUAGGAGGAACCUUGCGGCUGCCGCGAUCGGAGGGAGGAAAAUAACGCAUCCCGGAAAGGCCAUCCUCGCAGGUGGCAUCGCAGGAGGAAUCGAGAUCUGUAUCACCUUCCCUACAGAGUAUGUCAAGACCCAGCUGCAGCUAGAUGCAAGAGUAAACCCGCCGCGAUACAGAGGGAUUGGUGACUGCGUGAAGCUGACUGUGCAAGACCAUGGGCUCAGGGGGUUGUAUAGAGGUCUCAGCUCCCUGCUGUAUGGCUCAAUACCCAAGUCUGCAGUCAGGUUUGGCACGUUUGAAAUGCUCAGCAAUCCAAUGCGAGAUGCGACAGGGCGGCUAGACAACACACGGAGCCUCUUGUGUGGUUUGGGGGCCGGAAUAACAGAGGCAAUAAUAGUGGUCUGCCCCAUGGAGACGCUCAAGGUGAAGCUGAUCCACGACCAGUGCUCCCUCCGGCCUCGCUACAGAGGCUUCUUUCAUGGAGUCAGCGAAAUUAUCAGAGAGCAAGGCGUGAGGGGGACGUAUCAAGGCCUAACAGCAACCGUGCUUAAACAAGGAACGAAUCAGGCCAUCCGAUUUUAUGUCAUGAACGCACUUCGCAAUUGGUACAAAGGGGAUGAUUCCAGGAAAGAAAUGCACCCAAUCGUCACAGCCAUGUUUGGAGCAACAGCAGGAGCAGCUAGCGUUUUUGGAAAUACGCCUCUGGAUGUAGUUAAGACCAGGAUGCAGGGUUUGGAGGCUCACCGCUACAAAAACACAAUGGACUGUGCCUUCCAGAUCUUGAAACAAGAAGGACCGCAAGCGUUUUAUAAAGGGACAGUUCCCAGGCUUGGCCGUGUGUGCUUGGAUGUGGCCAUAGUCUUCGUCAUCUAUGAGGAGGUGGUCAAACUGCUUAACAACGUGUGGAAGACCCAGUAGACGGGAGAGGUGGGGGGAGCACAGACCAGUGCCUCAUGCUACGCACAACUAAACACCUCUAAUCUCGUUCUUGAUCAAUUUUAUUGCCACGAGCAGAUGACAUGUCGUCUCAGCCAGUCUCCACACUGUUACACAUUCUAAAUAAAUUAAAAGACUCUAAACAAAGUGACUGAAAAGGAAAAGCAGAGUCGUUAGUUGCACUAAACAGUUCAAUGUCAGACUAACAGGAGAUUAUUUGAUUUUGAAGCGCGAGACGAAGGAGAUGAGGGGAGGACGUGCUCGGUGCACCUGACCUAACUUGUAGGCUCGGUUUUGUGAAUCUCAUCAUCACAAAACAUGAUGAAACAAAUGGAAACGUUUCGACCCAAAGGUCCAAAUUUUGAAGGGGAACAAAAGGGAAGAAAACACAUGACCACUGUUUUAGCUUUUGAUGACUGUUGUUACCUUACAUGUUGUAGAGUGAACACUUUGUAACAAAACCAUUAAUGUGUCUUUUGACUCACUGAGUACUUACUAUACUGAGCAGAGAACGAGAGAGAGGGUGAUGCUUUAACACAUCAUAGUGUUGCUGUUGCUUACCCUGCUGUGCUUGUGGCAUCAUCGCACUGUAACAGUCACAGGAUAUCUUUUCUGUGUCUCUGUGAUGAACUCUGAGAUGAACAUUUUACGGCCGCUGCUGUGUACAAAGUUGCUGCAUGUAUGUUAAUGUGGCAUCAGUCUAACACACUGACAGUGACUCGCAGGCUGCUCAAGGCUGCACAAACUGGUCUGGAGCCUGUGCUUCUCCAGCGGAUCAUUUCAGGGUCUCAACCUGUCAGAAGUGAUGAUUAAUCUGGUGAUGUAGGAAACAAAUCUGUAUGUAGCGUAGUCUUUACACGGGGAUUUGGUGAGCUUUUGGUUGCUAAUCUGGUAAGAUUCUUAAAGCUUUGAAUUCUCUACAGCAGGACAUGAAGGCUUCAUUUGGGAACAUUUGACCCGUAUUGCUUUAUUCUGACCCUCAGUCUGAAUCAUUUUCAAGCAAAUGUUGGCGUGAAGCAUGGGGGGAAGAAAGGUUGUGCCAAGCUGAAAAUAAGCCAUAUUACUUUAAUAGUCUUCAAUCUUCAGCUGUUCUGCUUAUGGAUUCACUCAUCAAAAGGACUAAUUGGACAUUAAGCAAUUUUAAGAUUCUUUAACUGAAGGUCAAGCAUCUCAAAAGCUAAAGACUGCUAAAAUUGCUAAUUAGCUCCUCGAAUUUACUUCAGUACUACAAGUUUUCAAAAUAUUGGCGAAAUUUAUCAUUUUUAAUCUGCAACAUGUAGUAAACAGAUUCUUUUUUCAUAUCACAUCUACAGCACCUGAAACUUCCACAGUAAUGUGUCAGAAGCUCAAUCAAUGGGGGAGGCUCAGAUUUGAUUGACCUGGUGGCACCACAGAAGCCUUUGUCCUCUUUGCCAAGCUGCUUCAGCAGGAUCUCUAGCAUAACGUCCUCAAUAGCAGAAAAUCUUUAAACCAUGAGCAGCAAAAUGUUGUUUGUUUAGGUCUCUACCACCGUUUUCACUUAUUAAUGCACUUUUUUUUAAAAACUGUUUGGACUUUGUGUUUAAGGUUUACUGCUUUUCAUACGUAGGGGAAACAGCAUUUGAGAUUUGGCAGUCAUCGUUGAUCCCUGCUGGGCACAUUAAAGGUUUGGUGUUUUUGUUGAAAACCAUCAAUGCUCAUGUAUGAUCCAUAUAACCAGAUAUUACUAAUAAACUUGUGAUUAUUA